AUGAAUGUGCUGCCCGUCGAACUGCGUCGCAUGCUCACAGGCAGCGUCAGCACAUCGGCCAGCCAAACGUUUUUGUGCGCACAGGUGACUGUCUUGGUGCAACGCAAGCAUUGCCAAUCGUUUUCACCGCGCAGCUGCAGCAACACGCGAUUCAAGAGGUCUGUUCCGUCGUGCACGGACGAAAACACUGCUGUGCUCGUAUUUCGGGUCGAAACGCCGAACUGCACACUGGGCGGAAUGUCGGACAGUUAA